AUGGUGGCAAGAAAUCUGAUUCCCCUCCCCUUUCUACUCUUAAUCUUCCUAUGUCUUAUCUUUUCACCAUGCUUGGCCAGGAGCGAGCUCCGUGCCGGACAGACCCUCUUUGCUCCCCAAUACCUGGAAACUGGGAGAUUCACUCUUGUUAUGCAGAACGACUGCAACCUGGUGUUAUACGAUGGAGGUGCCGUGUGGUCUUCUCGUACAUUUGGCAAGGGAACGAAUUGCCGCGCCGCAAUGCAGACGGAUGGGAACUUCGUCAUAUACACUGGUGGACGUCCAGUGUGGGCGAGCAACACCAACUUUGGCUUCGGAAAUUACGUGCUCGUCCUCCAACGUGACCGCAAUCUUGUCAUCUACAACGGCCAGUCGAGGGCAAUCUGGGCAACAGGCACCAACAUAUUUGGUGCAGGGGUGACCGUAGCACCCCUUAAGAACGCAUCUUCCACUCCUGUAGGUGUGCCGGUCAAAAAGCCUUAA